UCCAGAAUGAAAGUCAUUCCGGUAUAAUAUAAACAGCCCCUAAAUUGGGUGGCUUCAAACAAGCCAUACAGUGACGGUGAAUACAAGUAUGUCGUAUGUCUCCUAAAUCACGCAAGCUUCAGAAAGUGAAUAAUAGUGAGUAUAGCAGUGUUUUAAUUCUUCAUGUUGUACCGUCGUAAUAUUUAGACUGCCAGAAAAGUGCACACAGCUUAAAGUGUUAUCUGCAAAUACUUGUUCCAUUUUUUGUAGGAAUCAUGCCGCUUAAUGUUUUCAUUCUUGGCUUGGCUUUAGUCUUCCUUGUGGAAUGCCGCUGCCCAGACGCAUCGCGAUACAUUAUUUGUACAAUGGAUUCUCUUCAUAGCACUUCGUCUUUUACUUUUAUUCCUUACGGUGACAUAACUCAGGUAAUGGAAGAGUCAAGUACGUGCUAUACGAUACGAUAGACAUCAAAAUUUCUCGGGGAAACUGGCUGAUAUGGUGCAAAAUACAUAGUGCAAACUAAGAGGAAAUUAAUGGCUGAAAUGGUAAAUACCGCGCGCAUGUCAUCCUAGUUUACAUAGGAUUGUAAAUUCAGGGGCAAAGGCGGUAUUUGCCAUCUUUGCCCUGGAUUUUUCUCGUAGUUUGCACUUUUUUACUUCAUAAUUUGAUGUUAGCCUGAAUUUCAGACAUCUCUUCGAGUUGCAUUUCCCUCUCAGGGACUGAGAGUAGUAUGCGAGUAUGUCAGAAAUUCGCCCUAAUUUGAUGUAAAUCUAUCUUUUUGUGCAUAGAAUAGUAGAGUGAAAGUGGAUAAUUAAAUACGUAUCUUGGUCUGAACCCUUGUUGGCUGUGUAUCGGAGCAACAUGCAGCGCAUGCUCAACAGAUAUCUUUUUCGAUUUAAGCAGAGUCUUUCUCGAAUACCCAAAAUUCGAGCAAACGAAAGAAAGGCUCUGUGGGAAGCGUGCCCUGAUCUCUCCUUUUCCACGGGCUCAAGGAAGGCCACCAUAAAAACCCCUCCGAAAGGAGGAAAUAACGGUUGUUUACCAUUUACCACAAAUUCCCAAAAAUUCCGGUUGGGAUGUAAAUGGUAAACGAUUUUUUUGGUUCCUCCCACUAAAAAAUUCCCUGAACAAACCGAAAUUCUGAAAAGGUAGUCCCGUUCUCCCGAUUGGGACGUUCCCAAUGGAAAUUCGUUUACCAUUUACAAGUUUCUUGAGUUUCGCACCAGUUUCAUGUUGUAACUAGCAUCCAGUCUAGGGCGGCGCGACAAUCCGGAAAUUUUAGGCAAAUGAGAAACGACACGUACCGUUCUUACCGAUAGAAAAUUCCCAACCAAAAUUUCCGGAAUUUUUUUAUAAAUGGUAAACAACCAGCGUGUUCUAGGGUUCAGGUUUGCAAAAGAAUGCGGCCAGCUGCCUGAUUCAUUUCUUCGUUAUUAUUAAUGAUCACUUUCUAAUAAUUUUUUGUUUCUUUGUUUGUGAAUCUUAUCAGCGUUGCACUGUUCACGGAAUUGAAUUUGCGUGGAAAGAUCUGAAACGGAAGUUGUCCACCUAUUUGAAUGACGUCUCCCCCAUUAGUAAGUAACUGCUUAGUUUCAACAAGAGAACAGACUUUUCCUCAUUACGAUCUUUUUAACCAUUUCUUUAUUGCUUCCCCCGGAAAAGGGUGUGAAUAGGCUAUUUGCAUGACUUGACCACGUGAUCAACUUUCGGUAAACACGAAAACAGUUCACUUUUGAACAAUUUUGUUAGCACAAGCUGAAAGAGCAUAUUAAAAUUAGGUAACCUGAGAAUAGCCACCGACACUGAGGCGAAAAAUUGUUUUAGUAACUCGUUUGCUGUUGCCAACGAUUACAAUUUGGCGCGCAAUGACUCAAAGGCCGUGACCGUGGCCGUCGCUUUUUCUUGCCAACAAAUAAAACUUUUGAAGGCGGAUAAAUUUCUUCCAAAGUAGUUGUGAAUUCUUUUUGUAUUUAAAAUCAUUCUGUAAAAAAGAUUGUUAAAUUUAGUUUUAAGGUUAUUUAUGAACAAGUCAACUAGAUAAAGUAACACAAGAGCUUAAUUUGCAUUUGUCAACAAAAAACUUUUUCACCGGUUUCAUCGAUAAGUUCAAGUCAAAAAGAAAAAGCGUUACCUAAUGAUUAAAACUUCAAAACCGAACUUGGUCACCUUCUUUGUGUAUUUCGGCAACCGCUUGCUUGAUUAUUUCUUUGUUUGUUACGGCAACAAACCGAGAAGGCAUUUCGCUCGCAACUUAGCGAGUUUGGUGUCGCUCGCUUGGAGGAACUGGAGGUGAAUCAGUGAAUAGUGCAGGGCACUCACUGAUUGAGUAGCCAAUCAGAGCGCGCGAAAAACACCAUCCACUGUUUUAGUAUAUACUAAAUAUUCUUAUCUUGCAGUGGUGAUUUCUCUUCUUUUGCCCCUCAGCUGGUUACGUAAUUUUCAAUAAGUUAUUCUCGUUUUGUUUGUAAUUCAUUAGUAUCUUAUGUUGUAAUUUCAUGUUAGUUCUCAGUGCGUUUCAGUUUGUUAUGUACUCUUUCAAUAGUCCUUGUCAAUAAAUUACUGUAUUUUUGUAUUCAUGGGCACUCUUUUGGAACUGAUGAAGGUCUUGAGACCGUAAACUUUUUUAGUAAAUUUUUUAUUAAUGUUCAAACGUCUGGCUUUCCCAGAUAUUCCUAUAACUGUGCAUUCGCUAUAUGCUUCAGUAAUUUGCACAAAAUAUCGCUAAGCAAACUGUUUUCUCGGUGGUGAUUCAAAGCACCAUGGCCCAAAAAUGGUUUCCGUCGCCGUAAGUAGAGAAACAACUAACCCAGUCUGUAUUUCUCUUUCAGGAGCUUGGGGCGGAAAUUAUCACUAUUAUUUAAACGUGGAUCGCUGUGCAUAUGGAGGAUUACUCAAGUUGUCUGCCAAUGUAAAAGGACUGUGCGGACCUUAUAUAUUUGCUGUUAAUAACAACUGCACGGCUGUUUACUAUCACCAAGAUGCGCCCCACGCGGGCUGGAAACGGUAUCAAUCAGUCAGAUAUUACCCCGAAUUACAAAGGCUUCUGAUAUGUAAAUCCUACUAAAGUGAAAUCGUUUGAUGCGGUGAACGAUAAAAGCUAAGAGUUAAUAAAGAAUCAAAAAAC